AUGGUCCGUUUAUACAACCUCAAAGAAAUAUUCUAUCUUGAUCUCUGGCCUAUAGGCCCGAGCAUGGUCGUGAUUAUUGAUCCUAAACUCAUGGACAACUCAACCCUCCCGAAGCCACUCCCUAUACAUCCCCUUACCGCGGUAUUCAUGAAGCCGAUGCUUGGCGAGGGAACAAUGGCGGCAAUCAACGGCGCGCUAUGGAGGAAGAUAGCUGCAGCUGUUAUUCCGGCUUUCUCGAUGAGUCAUGUGCUAGGAAUAACAAGUAUCAUGAUCGACGAAUGCUUGCUAUUCCAAGAGAGGCUGGACAAAUCAGCCGUGGGAGGAGACGUCUUUUCCAUGGAUGGGCUCGUUGCUAAGCUGGUAUUCGGCAUAGUCUCGACAGUCACGCUUGGAGAAUCUCAACAUGCUCAAACAGUAGGAAGUCAAAUCUUGAAGGACUCGAGGAACCUUGUGAACCUUGCUCGAGGAGAGACAGAUCCCCUUAUCGCGUACAAUCCAAUGGUACAGAUCCCGCGACGAUGA